AUGGAAUUGAAAGAAAUCAUAAAAAAAGCAAAACGAGUAGUAGAAAAAUCAGUUGCAAUAUUGAGACCAGAAAUGAGAUUGUGGAAGUCUUUCCUUUUAUCAGAAAAACGAGUAUCAGUUAUGUUCACCAAAAUUGCUUUUCUCAUUGACAAGAAAAAUUGCCAACGAACUUCUUUGAUCAAUAAUCGCAAACAAAAUCCUACAGGAAAACUUCUUGAAGCAUUGGAGUCAAAAGCAAGCUACAAACUCAUUCGUUUGCCCUUUCUCGUUCACCCAACACUGCAACCAACUUGCAGAAACAUUUUUCAUUUCAAUUUUCCAUCUAUUGUUGAAAAUCUGUUCAAAGAGAUUUUGAAUCUCUCAUGUUUUCCUUUAACCAUCACCAUAUUGUUCCAAAAAUUAAAUAAGAGCAAGCUGAGUAACAUUCUGCUCAAGUCACGACAUUUCGUUCGUGAUGCUUCUACUGCUGUUGCUGAUACUGCUGCAUCAUCAAUGGCGACAAGAGAUGCAUUUUUCCCGUGA